CAAUUCGCCCAUCAGUCUUCGCUUGCCCUCUCCGUUCAGCAUAAAUACGCGCAUGCCCUAGCGGCGUACGCAUCUCCACCUAAGCUCUCUCUCUCACGCGGAAAAAAAAAUUAAGAAUGGUUUUAGAACAGGCGAGAUUUUCGGAGAACGAAAAUCCGACAGAGAAGCCUCUGGUUAAUCACAAGGAAAAGCAUUUCACCUCUGGUGAAAUCGUCCGCGACAUCAUCAUCGGCGUCUCCGAUGGCCUCACCGUCCCCUUUGCCCUAGCAGCCGGCCUCUCCGGCGCCUCCGUACCCUCCUCCCUUAUUCUCACCGCCGGACUCGCUGAGGUUGCCGCCGGCUCGAUUGCUAUUGGGCUCGGCGGGUACCUAGCGGCGAAGAGCGACGCGGACCACUACUCGCGGGAAUAUAAACGGGAGCAGGAGGAGAUUCUCACCGUUCCUGACACUGAGGCUGCGGAGGUAGGGGAAAUACUGGCGGUGUAUGGUCUGGAACCCCACGAAUACGGCCCGGUAGUUGGUGCGCUCCGCAGGAAUCCUCAAGCCUGGCUAGACUUUAUGAUGAGAUUUGAAUUGGGACUUGAGAAGCCGGAGCCAAAGAGGGCUGUGGAGAGCGCAUUGACAAUCGGCUUCUCAUACAUCGCCGGCGGAUUGGUGCCGCUGCUUCCUUACAUGGUCGUCCCUACUGCUCAGAAGGCGCUGGUCAUAUCGGUCGUUGUUACGCUUGUUGCUCUUCUCUUCUUCGGCUACAUCAAAGGCCGUUUCACGGGCAACCGCCCACUGCUUAGCGCAUUCCAGACCACGUUUAUCGGCGCCGCUGCUUCAGCUGCAGCCUUCGGCAUGGCGAAGGCCGUGCAGGCUGUGCGAAUUCAGAAUUAAAUGAGCAGGAGGAGCUUUUAUCAAUCUAAAUUUGUUUUCAAUUGCAUGCUUUGUCGAAGUUGUGGUUUGAUUUUUCCACCAUGAUGAGCUAUGUAUUAUCGAUCUAGUUCAU